AUGAAAUUUUUAUUUAUUAGAAGUUGUCGAUGGGUUAUCCCAGCGUGUUCAGACCAUGUUGUGCAGGUUCAAUUCCAGUCAGACACCUGUGCACAAUUAGAUCAGACGUACACAUUUCAAGUUGUUGGCAAUAAAAAUUUAUAUCCUGUUUCUUGUCGAGCAUUUUCUGGCUACCCUGGCAUCACUGGAGAUCCCAAAGUUGUGUUUGCGUGCCGAGUGAAGUGCAAGAAAGAGAAUGAAAUUGUGCAUAAAAAGUACGUCAUGUCAAAUGGAGUUUUUGAAUUUGGUCCACUCAUUGUUGGAAAGCCAAAAGACAAGUAUAGAGAAUGUGUAUACGAAGAAAACGUUGAAAGGUUGAACAUCAUGAACAUAUCACUGUUCACUGCAGAGGUGAGUUUUGCAUUUCAUAGAGACGAUAAAGAAGAAGUUUUCAUGCUACAUCCUCCGUUCAUGGUGCUUGCUUCAGGGGAGAAGAAAGAGCUCUUUUUAUGGGCAUAUCCGAAAGCGAAUGGUCUCAUUGAAGACACUUUGGUAUGUUGUGUUAAAGACAAUCCCCAACCAGUCCUAUUCAAGAUUUCUUGUGAAGGUGUCACUCCGGAACUGGUCGUCAACAAGGAACUUCUUUUCGACAAGGUGCUCUUGCACAGACGUGGAUUGAAAGCUUUGGUACUCACCAACAACACUGCUGUUCCGGUAGCAUGGAAGUUGUCUGGCCACGAAGGACUUGGUGAAGAGUUUUCAGUUGGCCAAUGUGAAGGUGUUGUGCCGUGCAAGUCCACGUGUGAGGUGCCAUGCUAUUUUAAAGCUUCCAAGCCAAUUGUUGUUUCCAAGAAAACAAUUAGACUUGAGGUGUACGAUGUAGAGAACCUAUUGGGUUUGAUACAUACAAACAACGUCCAAGUGUCCGCAGAAGCUUAUGAUGUCGCUCUUGAUAUCAGUUUUCCUAAAGGAAGUGAUGGUGGGUUAGAUUACGGUUUAUGUAAAGUUUGUGAAGAGAACAAAUUGGUCUGCACUUUAAGAAACAAAGGCAAGUACGACAUUAAUUACAGGUUCCAGUCUUCAGUUCUUCCUUUGUCACAUGUUAACAAAAAAUUUUUCCAAGUUUUUAACGUUUCAAAUUGA